GGCGGGGGUGCGCCAGCCCGUGGCUCUGCGCGGCGGGGGGGGCGGCGGGGCCGCCGGCUGCGGGCGGUGGCGGCGGCGGCGGCUGAAGGGCAACGGCGGCGAUGGGCGCUGUGGGCUGAUUAGUAAAGAUGGAAAGAGGGAGAGGAGGAGGAGGAGGAAGGAACCUGGGAGGCUCUGGCCUGCACAGGAGCAUUUAUUCCCAGUCCCAGCAGCAGUACCAUUACCCGGCCUCCUCCCAGGGGGGCUGCAUGGAGAUCCAGGAGCUGGCCUCCAAGAGGGUGGACAUCCAGAAAAAGCGAUUUUAUCUGGAUGUGAAACAGAGCUCCCGAGGCCGCUUCCUGAAGAUCGCCGAGGUUUGGAUAGGAAGAGGCAGGCAGGACAACAUCAGGAAAAGCAAGCUGACCCUCUCCUUGUCCGUGGCUGCCGAGCUGAAGGACUGCCUGGGGGACUUCAUCGAGCACUAUGCCCACUUGGGCCUGAAAGGCGGCCAUGGUCACCGGCACGAGCACAGCAAUGGCAAAGAGCAGCAUCCCCGGAGGCGACAGCAGCACCCGCCGCCUUCGCCUCCGGUGUCUGUCGGCUCCGAAGAGCACCCUCACAGCGUCCUCAAAACGGAGUACAUCGAGAGGGACAACAGAAAGUAUUACCUGGACCUGAAGGAGAAUCAGCGAGGGCGUUUCUUGCGGAUUAGACAAACCAUGAGUAGGGGACCUGGCAUGAUGGGUUAUUUUGGUCACAGCCUGGGACAGGAGCAGACGAUCGUCCUUCCAGCGCAAGGGAUGAUUGAGUUCAGGGAUGCUUUGGUCCAGCUGAUUGAAGAAUAUGGCGAGGGGGACAUAGAGGAUCGCCGGGGGGGAGGCGAUGAGCCCCCGGAGCUCCCUGAGGGCACCUCCUUCCGAGUGGACAACAAGCGCUUCUACUUCGACGUGGGAUCCAACAGGUACGGCAUUUUCCUGAAGGUAAGUGAGGUGAGGCCGCCCUACCGUAACACCAUCACGGUUCCAUACAAAGCAUGGACACGGUUUGGGGAAAAUUUUAUCAAGUACGAAGAAGAGAUGAGGAGAAUUUACAACAGCCAUAAAGAAAAAAGAAUGGAUGCCAGAGGGGACAGUGGUGAAGAGCAAGAGGGUCUUGAAUAGAGUGCAUUGGACUGGCCACCUGGCAAAAUAAACAAAACAAAACAAAACAAGCAGAAAUUGGUGAGAGGGACUGACCUAUAGUAAUUUCAAGUUGCCCCAUUUUUUUGUAAAGUCCUUUUCUGGUAGUUCUUGCUAACUCCAGUAUGUAAUGUUAUAGGAGUCUGGUUAUCACGUUAAAUUACGCCCAAAACAUCUCCGUAUGUCUUUUGAAAGUACCAACCUCCCGAGUCCGUAUGAGUCAGCUGCUUCGAGUGUUGAAGACUAUGGAAGUACGCUUAUCAGCACAAAAAAAGUCCGGCACUCUGACCUUUAAAUAGUCUAGAUAAGGCUUGUGUUGCACUUCAAUGUGAUACAAAAAAAAACAACCCCAAAACACCAAACCCAAACCUUAUGCUGGAAUGUAUCCGUUUCUGCUUAUGACAGGUUUUCCGGGACUGAAUUCUGCCUGUACUCGGUCAAAAGGCUGAGCAGCAUAGCUGUAGGGCAUUAACGACAAAAGUCAGCUUCAUGUGAAUUGCUGGUAUGCAUAUGAGGAGAGGUAGAGGUUUCAAAAUUGGCAUCUGCUGGUUAUUGGGUUGGAAAUGAUAGUCUGUAUGGGUAAAACCUCGAUAACUGGUCAGACCUUAGUAGUGUGCUGGUGAAGUGUGGAAGACGUGUUACUCGUUUUGUAGUUUUGUGCUGACCAAAUAACCCCAGUAUCCCAGGAUAGCGAAGCUCUACUCGAGUGCUAAGCUUUCUGAAUUAGUGGCAAUGAAUAAUAACCCACUCCUCAUCUACAUGUUCUGCCCAUGCGAGGCUGCUGAUUUUUUUAUUUUUAAUGCAUUUGUCCAAAAUUUCAAAAUGUAUUUUUGUUUUAAGCGUGGUUAUGGGUUCCAGCAGCGGGUGGCUGUGGAGCGGGUAUUUGGAGGUGGAGGGACCGCUGUGACUGGGGUGCCCAACUUCUCUCCCAAACUUGAGAUUAAUGCAGUUGUGAUGUUACCCGUGCAAGGAAAACACCCGGGUGUUUUAUUCCUGCCGAUGCGAGAAAGACCUUGGGGGGUUUGGUGCACCACUGGAUUCGUAUCGAAAGGCAUCCCUCUCAUGUUUACCCAUAGUGCGUUUUGGAAGCCAUGGUUAACGCCAUGUCGGGUUUUCUGUUGUGUUGAUUUUACAGGUGUUGUUGUUAGGAGGUAAUAUCCGUGCUCCGCCAUCGCCCCCUUCCCACCCACCCAGCGCUGGGGCUGCCAUCAAGCAAUUCGACCUAAUCACCCACCACCAGGUUUCAGUGUUGUCCCGCUGACGUCUCUGUAAUGUAAAUUUUACAUCUCGUGAUAUAAACUCUCUGCCUGGAGGGAAAAUGUGUACAAUUACCUGUUUGGGAGGUUGAUGAAAGGUUUUGAAAAUUCUUUGUUGUUUCUUAAAACAUGAGUACUUAUAACCUAAGGGGCUUUUCCAGCCUUUGGGCGACCAGCUCCUUCCCCUCCAAAACCAGUGGGAGUUUGAUUGAGCUCCAAGUACUCCCAGUAAUGUGUUGCCCACCUUUACGAAUUUUUUUGAAGUAGGCUUUACUGUGUCUAACCAGAUAUUUAUAAUUGUUUGAAUUGUUUUUUUCAAGAGUGGCCUAAUGCACGUGGACCAGCUAUUUCUCCAUGCAACCAGUACACGUUUUCCUUUUUUAAUUUUAAUUAUUGAGAAACAUAUUUAUCUCCAACCAGACCAUUCAUUGCUCUUAGCCUGGACCCACCUGCAUGGCCAUGCUCACUCCGAAUGCUAUUACCUGUUAAUGUCUUUAACCAUAACAAGAAAAGUUGGGGAGGCAGGGUUGGGAACCAAGAGGAUAAUCUGGACUUUAGUUUGGGUACUAAAACUAGUUGAUCUGUUUUAACUUAAAAAAAAUAAAUAAAAAAAAAAAAAAUAAAAGCUUGCACCAAAGUCACCAAAGAACCUUUAGGAAAAUGUUACGGUUGUGACAAGAAGUAAGAAAGUUAAUUUCACUGUUUUAGGUGAUUCCCCCUUUAGGUAAAACCACACAUAGCAGUUAGAGCAACCAAGCCUUUGGCUUAGUGUCAAAAACUUCCAUCCAUUUCUGCGUAGAUCACUCUUUCAGGUACUUUUUCAACUCUCGGAGAGAUGUUCUCACUCCACCACUUGAACAGCUAGCGGACCGUGAUGAAUCAGCUGGGGGUUAGGUGGAGUACUGGUUCAUCGUCGCUCUUAGGGCUUUGGUCCCAAUGGUUUUAACAGGUCAAUUAAAAAAAACACCAAAACCACCGUUAAAAUAACUCUGCAUCCUAUUACUGGUGUGAAACCAGAGUUUAAUGAAUGAGUCCUUGAUGCGUACGUUAGCGUAUCGCUGACUGCUGCUUCCCGUCACAGUGCCUGAAGUAAAAAAUUAACUUUUAUUCCAACAAACCGGAGCUAUGAAUGUACAAACUUUUUAUGCUCUCCUUCCUGUUUCUACGUGGCAUUCCUCCCCUACGAGCUUGACAUCUCCCUGUCCCAGCCUGCCUUUGCUUCAAGGGAUCAUAAAAGCUCCUACGUUGGAAUUAACCCGAGUGACCGCAUGUGUUGUAAGCGAUCAUGCCUUCCCAGUGUUCCUGUAGCGUUGGUGAGGAAAAUACUUGCGAUGGGCAAAUCGAUUGGAAGGGAUAUUUUCUUCACUGUUUUAAAAGAAAAAAAAGAUGUGAAAUGGCUUUCCUUAUUGCUGAACAUUUUUUUGAAAAACCCUUUGUCUUUUGUUAAUUAAUUGGCCUUCCGAUGGCAUUAGUUUAUUGUAAAUAUCACCCAGGAAUUCAGCGUCUGCUGGCUGCCGGGUUGGGCGCGGUUCUGGCAUGCAGGUAUUCCAUAGGAUCCACUAAUGCAUUUACUCCCCCGGCACGGGAUGCACCUUAGUAUCCAAAACUGGAUCAGGAUCUUCACGUUCAUAGCCCAUCACCCAUGGGUAAACCACUAGCCACGCGGGUUUCCACCAGGAUGGAAAGCGCCGAUGUUUGCAGAUGUUGUUGUUGGAGGGUAAUACAGACUCACUCGAAAUGUAGCAAUGCAAGACUUUAAAGGUGAUAUUUGGAAACGGGUUCCUUGUUAUUUUUGGCAGUGCGUCUUCAGCUUCCGAGGACGGCGAUACUGUGGGCUGCUCACAUGCAGAAAGGCCCAUGGAGAUGCUCAGGAGCACCAAAUCCCUAAUGCAUCUUAAGUGUUUGUUCCUGAUGCCCUGAAACUGCCAUGUCCCUUAAACUUGAGAAAACACAAAGCUUAUUUGCACUAGAAAGAACGGCCAAAAACAAUCCUUGGGAGGACAGGGUGAAGAGCACCAGUCUGAACCUCUUUUUCUCAUGAGAGAAUUUCCUGUUCAAGCCCUCACCUCUGUUUCAAAAUUGUAUGGUCCCGGCAGAAAGUCUGUCAGUUCAAUAACUAAAUUGUAAUGCACUUUAUAUUGUGUAAAUAAUACUAGGAGCACAUUUCUGCUCCCGCUCUGGUAAGGGGAUGCUUUGGUAACGUAGUCUAAUGCUGAAAGAAGCCGUCUCCUGCAUGCAUGUGUCUGUUAGAGACCUAUCGUACUUGCUCGGUCCAGCUCCACUCGUAUGUUAGAGGAGGACAGGCACUAUAUUGAGGAUCCUCUCAAACCACCAGGAGUGGGAUGAUUUCUCUUUUUUUAAGUUUUUAAGCGAUUUGCAGAGCUGCUGAGCAUCCUCAGCUCCGCUGUCGCUGCAGCUCCUCGCCCCUUCUGCAAAUUGGCCCCCCGGCGUUGCUGCUUUUCACGUAUAGUCUUGAUAAAGCUGAGUCCAGCAGCUUCUUCGUACUUGCCUUUCCCCGCUGCUGGCACAGAAGCUGGGACAAUCCCUAAAAAGCUUAUCCUGGGUGGAAGGGGCUGCGGGGGCUUCCCCUGCCUUGCACCUGGUGGGGGGUUGCAUUGAGUGCAGCCUGUCCAGCCAGCUUUCUUGGCAAAGCACAGAGACAGGGGCGUGCUAACGAAGGAUCGGGAAGUGUUCUGCACUGGUGCGGUGAGGGUCACCCACCGGGUGUUCCGGAGGGGAUGGCAAAAACCUGCUGUCGCGGGUUCAUCGCGUCGAGUCUGGAUGACAGACUUUACCCAGCAAGAAGCUGCAGUGGUUAUUGGUAAUCUACUCGUCGUCGUAAGUGUUUCUUAUCUGUAUCCAAUAUAUACAAGUUCAUAUUCACAUAUAGGCAUUAAUAUAUUUAUGUGAGUAUAAUGUAGCCUGUAGUAGUUCGUAGUAAAACAAUCUUAUUUAUCUGAAGUACACAGUCUAAAGAGGGGCCAGUUUUCUCCUACUACCAGUCUGGAUAAACGCGUUAUUUCACAGAGAGAUGGUUGCAUGCUGUUUGUCACGGCCCUUGUAAGAUUUCUGCGUCUAAGCGCUCUCAUCCCUUAGGUUUUCGGCAAAGCUGCAAGGGAAUAUGUAGUCAGAAGAAGGCAGAACUCUUCCUUGGAGGCAUCCUUGAGGUGAGGUGAGAGCUGUAAGGAAGAGGCAGCUGCAGGUACUGCUGGCCACAUCGUGUUUCAAUGCCAUUUUACAACCCCUGCCUUUGCAAAUCUCUAGUACCAUGUUCAUAAAAUUCCAAGCAGAAGUAUUAAAAACCCCUCCGUUAUGCAAAAAAAAAAAAAAAAAAAAAAAAGCAAGCAAUUACCAAAAUUAAUGUCAACACACUUUCUUUUCUGCUAAAGGUGUCUUAGUCUAAUGAUUGCAUCGUUUUUCCCCCUCCCAUGGCCUAUUGAAGUGACCUAAACUCACAAGGAAGGGAGUUAGUAGUGGUUAGGAGCCUACCGCUUGCUUGUCUUGCAGCCCUUUUAAUCAAACAUGGUAAUUUUUAUAGCAGAAAAAGGUUUAUUAUUGUGUUUCUAUUGGGCAGAUUUUGCACCAGGUCAAAAAUUAAUUAGUAAGUGCUUUUAGUUCCAUGGCAUUCCUACUUUUGCUGUACAUACAGUAUAUAUAUAUUUAAUUUAUAAAAUAAUUAUUCAGGAAGAAUAUGCCUUCUGUUUAAUUUUUUGUGCUGCUUCCUCCACAAUUAAGAUGCCCUGUAUUUUUCAUGACUUGACGUAUUGUGAUGUCUAAAAUUCACCUUUCCCCUCCUACCCCUCCAUUCCUUUCAAGAAAAAGUUGUAUUUGAAAUAAGGAGUUUAUCCAAGUAAGAGUGGGAAUAAAGGCUACCCUUGACGUAAGCUACUUGCAUAAACCGGGGCGAGGCUGUCACCCCAUGGCCUCUGCUGAACCAAAUCGUCCCUCCGGCGCUGAUCCCGCCGGUGUGAAUGGUGGUAUUGGGGAGCAAAGCUUGUCCGGCAUAUCGGAGAUUGCUUGGGAGAGAGUGAUACGUCCCCAUAGAUACCCAGCAGGCUGGGACCACGGACCUUGUCCCCUUGAUGGGCGUGUUGGGGAUGGCUUGAGGUGGCAGCAGGUUUAAGCUGGCCUCGUACCUGCAGAUGAUGCCUUAUACGUGUUGUUUCCCGGCUGUAGGGCAUAGUCUCCACUGGGCAGUGGGUCUUUCAUCUUUACAUUAUUAAUGCUAGCAUCGUGAUGUCUUCUGUUGAGCCCUCUGUCCUUUCCCUUCCAUCUGGAGUCGUUAAAAUUUCAUUGUGUAGAUGCAAAAGCAAGCAAAUUUGAGCACCUGGAGAAACAAGAUUCACCCGUUGGGCUUUUUUCUUCUGGGUAGCAGUGGAACCCGUGCAGGACCGUGGCUUGUGGAGAGGGUCUCGGUCGCCCUCCGCAUCCUACACGUGUGCAGUUCGUGAUCGCUGAGCCCGUCAGUGUUGCAAAAUCACGGCUGUAAACAUUCGGGGGUGAUCCGGUCUUGCCUAAAACCGGCUGAAUUCUGUCAUGGCCACAGGAAAAAAGCCCCGGCUAGGGGCCAAGGUGCUUCUGGAGUUGCGUGUUUUGGAAAAAGCUAAAGCCAAAUCUUUUGCCGCUCUGUUUCUCCAAAAUCUGCAGAAACUUUCAUGGGCUGACACCAAUUUUUCUUCCUAAUAUUUUGUCACACCUGUGUUCAUUUUCCCACCUGUACCUCCAUAAAGGCAGCAGUAUUUUAAACCAUUGAGGUAAAAUAAAACAUCAGGAACUCCUGAUAGAUGAUGUAGAUUAAAAAUAGGUUUUCCAGAAAUGUCAAAGCAUAAAUUGAGGUUUCAGAAGACGGAUGUUGUUUUGGCAUUGCUGUGAUGAUGUAAUUAGAUCAUUCCUUCCACAUGCUGAGGCAUUAUCAAAAAUGUGAACCCACAGCCUUGGGGUUCUCUUAUAUACAUGAACUUCUGUAAAGGCGUACGCUGGAUGUGUACCUUCUGGCCUUUUCAUGCUUGUUGGACGUGUUCCGUGUUUGUACUGUAUCCAGAGGUACUGGCCUAGCCUUGAGGUGCCUGGUCACCACCCCAAUAAAACCAUCAGUAAUGGUUUGCUGAUUCAUCUUCCUAAUUUGAUAGGCUACCUCAAAAUGCUUGGGGUGACGUAUGGAAAUUGCUAGUUCUGUGCAGAGUAGCCACUGUAAAUAAAAAAAAAAAGACAUAUUCCAUCUUUUAGGUGUUUCAGACCCAUCCUAGGUACUAGUAUUCAUCAGGGCAGGGUAGUGGCUCCUGCCUUGGAAUUGUUGGUUGGUGAUGCAGCCAGUCGGAUGGGUUUCUUAACUGCCGGGGGGGAGAUCCAUUCCAGAGGCAGAAGGAGUUUGUGUCUAGCUGUUUUUUCAUCUUGAUCAUUUGCCACACAGAUUAAUUGGAGGAAAAGAUUGCCCUUUGUGUGGGUUGCUGGAAGACGACUAAAGCUAAGGCUCUCUGCCCAGCCCUACUAAGCACAGGGCUGAGAUAACAUCUGUGAAUUUAUAUGUGACGCAAAAAUUAAAAUAGAGAGAAGGGAGAGAGGAAUAUUAAAUAUACAUAUAUGCAUAUACAUACUAAAACUUGUAAUUUCCCCCCCUGCUUCUAACAGGUCCUUCCCUCCUGAAAAGUUAAAAUGUUAGCUGUUGUCUUUUCUGUUUUCCAUGUUGGAGAUGUUCAACAUGCAAUAUGAGCAGGGAGACAGAUUUCACAAGCAAUAUCAAUGCACUCUGCUAUUAACGUUAAAUCUUUACACUACAAAUCGCGUGCAAUAGAAUCUGCAUUUCAAAACAGCAGAGAGUAUGUGAGAUAAAAUACACGGGUUAACCUCAGGCUCUUACAAGUAUUCCCAUCUGGUCGUUGUUCUGAGCACAUGUUGUUGGCACGAUGCGGAGGGAGAGGGGGAGUAAGAGCAGAGAUAAAGUGCUUCCCACCGAGGCAGAGGAAUGAAAAGGCAGGAGGGGGUGGAGGGAAGCGGGGACAAGGUUCGUGCUCCAGGGAAUCUGGAAGCAUGAUGUUGGUGUUGUCUGUGGUAGGAGGAAUAGGUGGCACCAUCAGCGCUGGAGUCCUGCGGAGCUGGGGAAGGAGGCAGAGAGCCUGGAUCCUAACGCUCCUCUUGGCAGCCAGGGUAGGUCUCUUUGGCUGGUUCUCCUCCCCCUUUGGGGCACAUCUGUCCAGCAGUGGCACACUCUGUAAGCGCUGAAUCUUGCCGACAGACCCGUCGGGGCCAAGUGAGACCGACAGAUGGAGUUACUGCUUUUGCAGCUUGCUUUUCAAUACUCAAUUGGCUUGGCUCUUAAUGUGCUGGGAGCUUGCCCAGGAAUACCUGCAGAAGCUUAGGGGAGUGUACAAGCGUUGGUGGCCUGUAAAGUUUGCCAAUGCCAUCCCAAUUUAUGGAUGCUUGCAUGAGUUUCUCACCGGAGCCUUGCUCUGCACGCUGCUCUGCCUGCCUCCUGCUCCAGGAACUAGCCAGGGCUGUUUGACAGAGGGUUAUGAUCAAUGGGGCAGCUGCUCUUUGCCAUCGCAAAAGAAAGGUGUUGGUGAAGGUUGGAGGGGAUCAGAGGGCAGGAAAGCAGCUUUCAAAAAACAGACUCUGUGCCUGUCUUUGCAAAGGGGUUUGUGUAAUUUUGAACAAGACUCUUUGCAGAUGAUCACCACUUGUAUUGCCUUUGUUUUCCCGGGCACUGGCGUUGGUACUCUGAGGUCUGAUGUGGAGAAGCAGUCGGUGUUAACAGCUGUUGAAAGCUUGUGCCUUGAACGAGUGAAGUGCUGUAAUAAUUGCGAGGACUCUGGAAAAGCUGUCAGUAUCUCAAGCUGGGCCUCCUGAUAAUGGAGACUGGAUCACUUUGGCUUUAUUCUGCCUUUGCCUAUGUUCCCUACAGAUAAAACGGUGUGAAUGAUACCUCCCUACCUCAAAGGGGUGUGAAAAAGACAAGUUCAUUUGGAGUUAAGAGUUUUGGUGACGAUCUGGUAGUGAUCAGUACUGAUGAUCUCCAAAAACAAAACAAGAAGAAAUCUGGUGUGAAACAUACUGAGUAGAUACGUGUGCAGUGUUUGGAAGGUACACGUAGGUACGGCUUGGACUGUGUACAGACUGAUGAAUGAAAAAGAAACCUAUAUGCUGGAGGAGGAGGGAAAGCUGUAAGAGAUUGCGUAAUUAAGCUGUCUAUGCAUAUGUCUGAAGCAGUUGGAAUUAAGGUUACUCAGAUAAUCCUUAGUUCUGGCACUUCCUGACCUUCGAUUGCUCGCUUUUCCAACUUUUUUUUCUCCGCUGUUGCAUAUGAAGUUGUAUCAGUGUACUGUUCGAUAACACCGGGUUGUUGUUCAAUAGAUUUGGGUUUUCAAUCCUGAAUGGAGUCUCACAAGCCUUGCAAGAACUCCUCCACCUCCAACUUCCCUUCCAAGAAGGAGGAAAGACCAAAGAAGUCUUAAGGGCGAGGAGGACAGGAGGACAUUGUAGGUGUGGUAUUACAGGAGACCGGGCAGGGACCCCAGGAGAACACCAGGCGCAGUCCCCCGUUCACAGCUGGGACUAGCUAAACCUGGUCCGCUCCUCACACUGGGUUUCAGCUGGGCUGGCGUUCUGUAGUCUGCAGAAAGUUACAAAGGAGUAACCUACCUGAUUCUAAACUUAAAUUUCCAAGUACGAGGGUGCCUCUAAUGAUACAUUUCAGGGUCCACACAGCAAAAAGCAUCUAUAUCUUUCCCAAGUUGAACAACAUGGAAAAAAAUCUGUUUGUUUACAUCUCCAGUGAUGGAUAUUCCCUCCUUCCCCAAGCUGUUUCAGUGGCUCACCCUGCCUACUCUCAGACACUUUUCCUGGUGUCCAGCCCCUGCAUCCCUUGCUUCCAUCUAUUGUUUUUUGCCUUACAGGCCAUGCUCUCAAGAGGAGUCAUGGAAACAGUUUGUUCCCUUCCUUGCUGCAGCUCUUUUACAUAAUUAAAGAUGGUUGUCAAGUCUCUUCUGCAUCCUUUUCUAAGCAAAUACAAAGCUUUCCACCAUGGGUAGUUUUUAGCCCUCAUCAUGUUCUUGUUGCUUUCUGAUGAGUCUGUCUUUUUCUUGAAUCCAGAAUUACAGAAUCCAAAAUCGGGAGAGGUAUUUUCACUGUGAUUUUACCAGCUUCAGGUGGAAGAAUUGCAAAUGGUACAAGGGUUUCUGGGUUUUUUGGAACCUUUGCAUACUUGCUGCCUCCAGACCAGUUUGUAACUCUGUGUCCUCCCAGGUCCUCUUUGGCAGAGCUACUGCCAAGGCAGUCAUUCCUCACUCUCUGUCUGUACUGUAGUUCUUGCCCUUCUGUAAUAGUUUUAGAAAAUCCAGACUAUUAAAAUACACAUUUUCCACACAUUUUUCAGUAAAAAUCUUUUCUAUAUGUGAUGGGGUGGCAGAACACAAUCUAUCAUUCAUGCCUCUGCUUAUUUCUGAAUGGGACGUAGAAAAAGUGUCCCAUCAACAGGCAUUCUCCUAAACAUUAAAUAUUCUCCUAAAUACUAAAUAUUAUGACACUUUCCCCGUCUUCACAAUAGAAGCAGCAGCUCCAGCACUAACAAGAUACCUGUUUAAACACAACCGUAAAGAAUGCAUCUAGUGACAUUAUAAGCUCCUUGUGCCAAUUUGUUUGGAAAUACAGGCUUUCCUCUGUGUUCCCACAUCUCCAGGGAUUGUUAGAGAAAAGUGUAUUUCCAUCACACAAUAAUGUGAAUAGUCACCAAAAUAUUUACGUGGACUUUGCUAGCUUUAACUAGCCUUCCUCUCUGCUCAUGCUGCCUCUCCUGCUUCUUCUCCUACCAUCGUCAUCUGUGCUCAUGCUCCAUCUUCCCCUCCUCUGAAAUCUGUGGGCUCAUGAUUUUCCGCAGCAUUAGUUUGGCAUUGCUGUUACUUGUCUCUUACAAAUUGGGAUCUCAAAGCAAAACUGACCAGCACUCGAAUUUCAGCUUUUCACAAUCUUUCAGUAAAACACUCCACAGAAGAGCUCAUUCUGUUUUGAACGGAGUCAGAGCAUCAGGUCAUUAUCAGGACCUGGGGGAAAAAAAACCACCCAAGUAAGCAAGACAUUCAGCAUUGGCAUUCAGCCCCAGGUGGUUCUGUCUUCCACAGGGACGUCCUUCCAUCCUCCAGAGAAGUUCCAAGCUCCUCUGUUGAUUUCCUGGGUGGAGAGCUGCACGUUAUGUGGCUCAGAAAGCCUUCCAGCUACCCUGCCUUAAUGUGCUUGUGUCACCAUCUCCUUCCUGGUUGUGCUGCAAGCAGUGCCCACCCAGCCAUGCCAGAUAACUGCUUCAAGAAGUCUGUUUGUUGGUUGGUUUUUUUUUUCCAGCUCCCAGAAGCUUUGGCUGCACUGAAAGUUAAUUGGAUUUUCCUUAGUAACAUUUUUAUUGCGAGGAGAGCUGACAGUGUUGUGUAGGUAUAACUACAGAGAAGUUCCCCCUGUUCGUGCAGGUUCUCACACUGCUCUAUAAUCACUCGACACGUAUAGCCGAGCACUUUCCAGAAGUGCAUUUAAGUGUAUGACUAACAUCUGUCAAGCAGCAGUUGCUCUUUCUUUCUUACCCCCUCUUCCUAGGGGAAAAGCUGAAUGUGUCAAUGCAGUCCUGGUAUUUUUAACAUAAAUUAAUUAUCCCCGCUGUUCUGCAUUACCACUGUAAAGGGUGAGCUGAAGCACGCCGUGUGCUGAGAGCAGCAGACCCUGAUGGCUUCACAGCACAGGAGCAAACCUGAGGGCUCACGGUGGACAAAGUCUGGCAUUUGCAUCACUUCCACCGCUUCCGUCGGUAACUGGUGUUGAACAGGAGCUCUUUUGUCUCUGGAAGUUCCCCUUCAACUGCUGCUGUUUUGCAAAUGGUCAUUUUUGCUUGGAGCGUAGCGUGAAGGAGUUGGCUGUGCUGCUGGGCGGUUGGGAACUACCUGGUGUGAAAAGACUGUCUCUCCUCUGGGAAACUUGCAGGGGGAACCUAAAGCCCAGAGACAGCACGUAGGUUCAGGCAGAGGAGAGGUGGCGGAGUGGUACCCCAAUUCAAUGAAACUCAGUAUGCAGCCGACAGAUGUCUUUCUGUUUGGGAUGCAUUCACGAUAGUUGCUUUUGCUUUCCUUCCAGAUUUUUGAACACGCCCAAGAUCUUUAUAGCACUGGUCGGAACAGAUAUUUGCAAGGGAACUGAGCUGCCUCCGUCUCUUUGCUGAGAUGCCAGUAAACUCUGGAAAGAGUUUAUUGGGCUGGUGCCACUUUUAAAAGAGAUUUUCCCAUCCCAGCUAGGCAUCGCAGCAGGGAUGAGCAGGGGCUGUUGACAGCCAAGAACAGAGGGCAAGGCUUUGAUUCAGUUCUUUGCAGUAGUGUUUAUCCUAGAUCCUCUAACGUAGUGCAUGCCGAAUGCUUUUCUUCUCUCUUCACCUUUCCUGGCAGGAUUCUAGUGUGCCUGUGCCUAGCAAUUAGUCCUCCAAUCCAGGAGGGAUUUUGGAGCAGACAGCUGUGUUUCUCUGAGCUCCAAUGCUUUUGCAAAUUCACAAUGGUAAAUAUCAGGGGAAGAACUAAGCCCAAGGGCCAGCCCUAAAACUUUGUUUGACUAAACCAUUUAUGGGUUUCUAGCUUCUAAAAGCUCUCUGACAAGGGGGUUCUAUCAGCUGGUGUCAAUUUAACGUGUCUGUCUCCUGUUCCACCCCCAAUCAUGAAAAAUUAUUUACUUUUAAGUCCUUUGAAGCUGUAGUGUUGAUGCGAUCACUCUCCUUCCUGUCUGAGAUAUAAAAGGUUUUGUUGGACCCUUCCCAAAGGUUGUGUGCACAUCACUGUAGUUAGUGGUGAAGUUUUUUUAAUUUAAGCAUUUUUAAUAAUCCACCCCCACCCCCCCCACCCCCCAUCCUGGUAACAUUAGGGAUAGUUUUUUGGCUCAAACACUUAUAAAGCUGGGAAUAGGUACUGUUUCAGAAGGUGAACCAAACCUUGUGCCUUUUAUCUCAGAGCGUAUCCUUUAAACUGGCAUCUUAUUUCUUGCUCUUCUGGUUGCAAAACAUCGAGGUCACUAAAGCAGCAUGGGUAGCAACCCCUGUUGAUGUUUAUGUGAUUCAGUGUAUAGGGCCAUUUUCCUCUGGUUUUGCUCACAGGGCCCACUGCUGGUUGUGCCAUUCCUUUUGCCAGUUUGACCACUAAGAGUAUUUAUUGUUCUGGUUCAUGUCUCGUGGGCAUCCUGGCUGAAGAGCCCUAAAUAGGGUUUUUCCUCAGAAGUUCACCACCUUUUUUAAGCACUUGCUUAUGAACCUCUCUGGAAAUGUUGUGCAAAGCCCAGACGUGCCUCGGUUCCCUCCAUCCCCGUGCAUUUGCUAACUGCUGCAGCCGAUGUAGGACAAAAAGAUGCGUAGCUAGUUAUAUUUCUCCCAGGCAGUCCUUUUCCUCUGUGUCUAUUUUGGUACACUUUGGCCUUAACCAUUGCAGGGACAAAAGGCAUCCUGUUCUGCAGCUCUCAUCUGCUUCUGCAGCCGUUGCGUGGUUGGUGGGGCUCUAGGAGAUGUUAACUAGGUUGAGGCAGGUUCACGUGGGGCUUGAGGUGAUACUGCAGCAAAGGAGUAGUUAUUUAACCAUACAGCUGUUCAUUCCCUCUCUGAUCGUUCUCACGUCGAGUACCUGGGGCAGAUUUGAUGAUGUGCGUGUCGUAGGCCUGCUGCUUCCUCCCCACGGCUAGUGUGCAACACCUCGCUUGUAGACAACGUAUGACAGCUUCCCCGGGGAUGAGCUUUACUGUGUCUGCUACAAGUAUUGCUCUGAGCUUGGGCUCUUGCUUCUCACCGCAACUCGAUGCUCUGCCUGGAUCCUUUGUUAUACCUAACCUUAAUUUUGUUUCUUUGAACACAAAAGUAGGCUGCAGUCUGGAAGUGUGCAUCUUGAGCUAAACAUUGCCAGGAUUUCAUCCUCCCCAGGACAUUUAGAUGAGUUGCACAAUAAUUAGGAGUUGCCUUUUUUCUGCAAUGCGUAACAGCAAGGUGCUUCCACAUCAGUUUGGGAGUCGACCCAAGGGUUUGAUGUGGGUUAGUAAAUUCAAGUAUGUGGGAUGACCAUACCCACAGCUAAGUAGCAACCAAGAUGUUAAGAUAAGAGCUGUACCUCUGCCAGCUCUCCCAUCUACUUGCUUACAGUCCUGCGCUGGCUCCGGUUGCUGCAGUGGGUGGCGAUGCAGGGGGCCACCAGGACCAGGGACCAUCAGAGCCCACACAUGGGACCUGGGUCACAGUGGCAACAGAGACCUGAACUAGUCAAGGGACCACUGCCCACACGUUGUAUAUCACAGUAUAACUACAAAGGGAAGGUGUAAACAGCUUUAUUCUGGGUACCGCAGGACCCAACCUAUUGUAAUCUUCCUUUUUUUGCCUCAUGGGACUUCUCACUCUUGCCUGGUGCUUAAGGCAGCUGCUCUGGAGAGUGUGUGGAUGUUUCUGUCCUGGGAUCGGCGUGUGCCAGCGUGCAGUCUGCAUGUAAGCUUGCUGCAUCCCAGCCCCUGUGCUCGGUAACAGCAUUUUCUGCUUACGCCAGCACAGUCAUCCCUCAGUGCUGUCGGGGUGAGCCUUUCAGUUAACAAGUGAUAAGUUCCUUUUAGCUAUCUUAUUAAAAAAAAAAGAAGGCGGCGGCAAAGGAGGGAGGUGCUAGAGUCACCUGAUGAACCUUUUCGUGGAUGCUGCCAUUUUUUUAACUGUGGGUUAUCUUGGUGAAGGCAUAUUACAGACCCUUUUAUUUUAAAACCAGCUUAAAACGGUCAGUUUAUUUGGAAGUGCGUGUUUUGUGCUGACAUGUGUGCAUCCCCAAGCAAACCCACAAUCCAGAGCGUAAGGCAGAGGUGGUGUCCAUUUACUCCCCCCUGCAGCAGCAACCUGCAGUUUAACCUGUUGCUUUUCUCACCUCUUAGGAGACACCCUCUAAAGUACGGAUAACCUCUCUAAACAUGCUUAUCCCUUCUCAGACAACCCGCAGCCACACAAGGUUUCAACAGCAGCCCAUGGUUUCUGAAAGCUUCUUGCCAUUUCCGAGACGAUCUAAGAAUGGGAAGGCACUGCAACUGCAAACCUGGCAAAGAUGCAGUCGCUUUUGCUGGCUAACCUGUAAAGGAAAAGAUGUCACCCCCAAAGUGUUUCUGCAAGCUCCGCAAAAGAGGAACAGAAACAUAAAGGAGCAAGCUCUUGAGGCAGGAGCCAAAAGGUAAGAGUGAAGACUGAGCCAUAGCUUGGACUUUGCAGGCUGUUUUGGAGAGCACGGCAGCUCUCUGGGGUGGCCUGGUCUGCCACCCCUGUUGCUCAUCUCUGAACCUCCUCCUGAGCUAGGCUCUGAAGUGCCCUCCUCAGAGAGGUGCAGCCUUCUCAGCCCCUCUGUGCCACAGGAGGAGAAAAGCACCACCUGGAAGAUCCUUUUAACUUCCUCACCUUCUCAGGCUCUCCACAAAGUGAAGUUCAUCCUCCUCCUCCAUCCUGCAGCCCUUCAGCUGUUGCAAUAAGCCCUAGAGGUGCUCUCUCUGCUUGCUCAAAAUCUACGCCGACCUCUUCCUUUCGGCGAGGCUGAAGAUGCUGUGCAAAAAGCAAACAAGCGAGAAGCUAAGGCAUGGGUAUUUUUCACUUGCCUCAGCCUAAACACCAGCCUCCUCCAGGCUUUCAGUCUUCCAAGAGCUUCCCACCUUUCUAGCCAAGCAGUUUGUUUUCUAGAAGAAGAAAAACUGUGGUAGUUUUGUGGUAGCAAUAUCUGGAUUCCUCUUUUACUAGUGAAGGUAUUUUCUCCCUCUCCUUUGAAUUUCAUAUCAAAGCAGAUACUAAUGUGAAAUAAGAGUUGUAAUAUCAGGAAAGGGGAGAUGACAACAGAGCAUUCCUCUGCACAGGGCUUGAUGCAAUUUGAAGCUGCUUGUAGAAGACUGGCUGGAAGGUAAACUGAUUUGGCCUAAAAAAAGCUGGUGCUGUUAAACUUUGUUAGUGAUUCUUCAGUAGAUGGUCCAAAAUAGCUUUUUCGUGACCUGUGACCUCUAGGAAAGAUAACUGUAUUUUUUAUCUGCGAUUGAAUGUGCAAUUCGUGCUGGCAGAAGGGCAGAAACUUUGGUUCUUUAGAAACCAUCUCAGGAUGGCACUUACUGUCAAAAACAUUGCAUGGAAACUUAAAGAAAACAAAUGAAAAAUCACACAUCUGAAUCAACACCAGGCAAGCGUUUGCAGAGCGUUGUGGCUGAGCUAGCCAACCACGCUGAAUUCUGGUUAUACACGAGUUGUAAUCCACCUUUCUGCCUUCAUGGCCAUGCAAAACUUCUGAUAAACAUGUGUGUACCCUGAGAAGGGGUUGCAAUUAGACGAGCCAGGAGCUCCUGUGUUUGCAGCAUCCUGCUUUGUACCUAGGCUCGAUCCAUUGACUGCGGAGGUGUCACCCUGCGCUCCCCCCCCAAGCAAAAGCAGUCCCCUCUGAUCUUCCCGUGUCGUGUCUGUGCUGCAACUCCCAUGCAAGGUGGUAGGGGUGCAUUUCAAGGGCAGUACUUGGUCAUCAGCUGUUGUCUAGGAUGCUGUGACUUUUGGUACAGCAGGAACAAAAAGAUUUCUGGUUGAAUUUCUAAUCAGGAGAUUGUUUUCUGCCAAGCUCCCCACCCCCACUGCCAUUUCAACUGUACGUUAUUCUCUUUUUCUUUCCACUGGUCCUGUUACGCGCCGCUCAACAGCUGCUGCAUUUAAUCCCAGAAGCUGUAGUUGGUAGCGAGCAAAGUGAUCUCCAUAUAACCUCUAUCUUACUCGUAAGUGUGCAUUAUGAAGCUUAACCGAUGGUAAUAAAAUGUUUUGCUUUCAACAUGCGGUCCCAGUGGUCCAAUGUUCCCUUCUUCAGGCACCAUCAUUACAGCAGGGCGAUGAAUUGGAGUUAUUCUGCUACCCUGCAGGAACGUGCUUCAUAAAGCUGGACGCAGGCAUCAUCGACGUCUAGCGACGCGUGUGGAUACCCAGCAAGAAGAGAUGGAGGACACCGAGCAGAGCGUUUUUUGCAGCGGCGAGUUGGUGGUGCUGGCAUCCCCAGGUAGGAGCAGCAGCUGUGGGCACAAGGUCCCUGUGAAUAAAUUUGUCAUGUACACACUGCUCCCCUGGAUGCAUUUGCUCUUUGAUGAAGAUCGUAUCUUGAUGGUCAAGGAAAAACUGCUGCAACGGGAGGACUGCCAGAGGUGCUUGGUGUCUUGCUCAGCUGUGACUCAACUGUGCAGGUUCACGUCUCCAUGAGAUAGUCUUGCAGUGCAGUCUUGUCUUAGAGCCUCUUCAGGGACUACGGUGGUAUGUGAGGGAGCAGAAACAGAUUGCAUGCCUGCUUCUUGGGGUAUUUUUCCAUUCCUUUCACAACUGUUCUGCAGGUUCAUGGUUUUAUACAUGGCUUUUUCUUUCCUGCAUACAAAAAUGGGCAUUUUUAUGUCAUCCUGAACGAUGGAUAUUUUUGUGCGGGGCUGGGGGAGAAGAUGCUUCUCCUCCACCUUUAAGUAACUAUGCAAAGUGCAGAAAGUCUGCAUCUGGAAUUUCAUUUUGGUUUGCACAUCAUUGGUGCUUUUAUUGACAGCAUCUUUUCACGUAUAAAUAAUUUAAAGGUUGUAUGAUUUUCCUUCUCUAAACUGAAAGCAUGAAUUUCAAAGCAGGGAUCUCCAAGCUUCAUUUCUGUGAUACGGUGGGUUGCAUUAGCCCUACAGCUGGGAUUUGUUGAACAAGACAUGGUUCCCUAUGCUUGAAGUUUAUAGGGUUUAGUUUCAAAGCGGAAUUUCCGAGGCAGAGUGCCCCCAGACCGGUAGCAGUACAUAUCUGAAUAUAUAGCUUUUUCAGGCAACAAUAACACAGCCUGUUUCUGGAGAUUGCCAUUUUGUAAACAAGCUUCUUCUUGAGCAGCACAGCUAGGACUACAAAAGAUGGAUGAUUAUUUCUUCCCAGAAUCAGUCUUCUGCUGCAGGAUCUGUUUUUUGUUGCGAUAAUUAGCAUAGAAUUAAAAAUGGCCCCGCAUCUUCAGUUCACAUGAUGACUCUGAUACCGAGCGAUCUGGGAUCAUGUUUUACUCGGCAAGAGGCUGUGUCUGCGAAUCGCUUUAUUUACCACUGGAAAUCAGCAUUUAAUUGUGGCUCACAGAUAUCUGCAGGCUUCGACGCAGCAAAAGCCUCCGCCUCCAAAAAUAAAACGUUGCUUCUAAUAAACUUUCAAAUGAGUUGUUUUUUUGGAGACUGGACAAGUUGCCAAGAAUAUUUAGGUGAAAGUCUAGCACGCUGGCUGAAGCAGGAUUUUACAAAUACCUUUAGAACCCAGAGCGCAGGCUGAAGGUGGGGUCACAGGCUAGCACGCAGCCUUUUCUCCCAGAAAACCUGUAAUAGCUUUUCUUUUUAAAAGUUUCCACAGGAUUGCCAGUCCAGGUGGAGGCAGAAUUGCAAUGAGUCUCCGACGUGGCCAAUAGUGUGUCUUUAGGACCAACUAAAGCAGCAAAAGCACAACAUGAUGUGUAAAUUUCCUUGUGAGAACAGUGCAGGGAAUUACUGUGCGAUUUGAUGCAGCAUUCUAGCAUUGGAUUUAUUACCCACUUCCAAAUCAUCUGCCAAAAACCCUUACUAUUGGAAGAACAUGUUAUGAAAAGACCUGGAAAAUGAGCAGGUUUGGUACGGCAGUUUGCAGGCUGGUAAAUCAUCAGUACAUGCAAAGUUUCGGUUGAGAUCAACGGUACUUAAACCAAAUGUUAUUCCAGGAUCUACAUAUAGCACAUGGUGAUAUAUACCAGUCUUGCAAGAUCAGGCUUGAAUACGGUCCUGCAAGAUGCCUCUUUGCCUAGCGUAAUGCUCAACGAUUGCUUUUGAUCCCGCAAGACUCCACCAUCACUUAUGAUAAAGCCGUGGCGUGCAGGCUGGCACACUUCUCCCUGUCACACUUGCUCUCCUUUGCUGAUGGACUCGCUGGGUGGCAGGGCCAUGGCCACAUACACGUGCGUGUGUACUUUCCCCAGACCUUGCUGGCUUUGGCAACGAGACUGGAUAUAUCACUUUAGCACUUUUUUGUAUCUGGAUUGUGGACUGAGAUGGUUGUGUUUCCCCACCGUACGCCUGCCCUCCUCACUGCGGGGCACCACCAACCUCAUGCUGUCCUUUUCCAGCUCCCACAUCUUUUCCAGGCUCCUUUCUUUUCACUUGUAUGUCUGCAAAAGUGGAUCUACAUCUGUAGCCCCUGGAUGCCUGACCUUGCUUUUUGCUAGUUUAAAUACAGGUCUUUGUGGCAGUAGUGGAAAUAAGUGAUUUGGGUUUGUAACUCUACCCCCCUCCCCAGGUAUUAGUGUUACCUGCUUCUGAAAAACCAUCUGCUUGCUCCCUGGUUAGGAAGAUGUCUGCGGCUGUACCUGAAGCACCACCCAACGUACCCUGCCAACCCCAGCAAGUCAAUACUUUUUAAAAGAGCUUUCCCUGUAACAAAGCUUUGUGCCCGGCUCAGACCCACCAGAUACCGGACAGCCAGCUGUUGCCUUGUACGACACCUGCAAGAGUUGACAGUGAUGCAGGCAAGGCCUGGGGAGUCACUUAAUGCUAUUCAGUGUCCUUUUUUUUGGGGUGCUUGCUGAAACAUAGUGAGAAUUGAAGGUCUGGUUUCCCAUUUUUCAUUUGCUGGUUUUGUUUUGGGAGACACACACACACACACACACCCCCCGUUUUUGCAAGCACUGAGCUCCUGUGGUGAGGGGACAGCGAGCACUGCUUGCAAGGAGCCGCUUCCAGCCUGGGGCGAGGACUGGGAUCAGCGCAGACCUUAACGGGGAGGUUUCCUGCACUGUUUCCAGUGAGCACUUGUUGCUUUUCCAGCAUGAGUAUAAAAGCAGGGUUGGGCUUGCAGCUCGACACGAGGGAACAAAAAAGCAGCUGUCAGCAGCUGGAAUGGGCAGCGGGGCAGUCAGUGGGAAGCGCAUGUUUAAAGAAAGAAAGGGGAAGUGCCUGAUGUCCGUGGGGCUGAAUCCUCCUUUUCCAGCCUUUUUCCAGGAGCAUGCUGAUCCAAAGUCCUUCUCUGGAGCCUUUUCCUUCAUGAAAACAAAGAUGGGACAUUAGUAAUGUCAAUGUUUACUAGACUGCCUUCACUGUCUUAUUCUUGCAUUAAUUGUCCUUGGACUGGUAGGGUGGUUAAGAGAAAAAAGCCAGCUUAAUGCAUAGUCGGAAAGCUUAAAAAAAAAUAAUAAAAGCAAACCACAAAUAGAUAGGUAAAUAGGCUAGCUGUAAGAUAGCGUGUAAAAGGAGGCAGCCUGCGGCGUGACUCCUCUGUAAAGUGCAUGAUAAGCGUCGGCCAAAGCUUGUUGCAGACACGGGGCAGGGUUGCUUUUGCUAGACUUUGAGUAUCCUAGUUGCAAAGACUCGUAAAUGUUCCGAGAGACUCUUGGUUUUGGGGUGGUUUAUUUUUUUUUCUGUAAGCUGUGGCCACUUGCUUUCUGAAUGGGUUUGUAGUGAUGGAGUUGAUGGAGCUGUUCUGUAUAGUAACCUAAAAGGUGUCAGUCGUUUGCUCUCGUAUGUGUUCACAAGCUGAGCUGUAGCAUUAUGCAUCUCUCUGCGAUGGUGUGAUUUGAAGCACUCUUGGUGUGGCAUGUGCAGUUGCAGUGCUGUCUGUUUUUAAUUUCACCCUUAACUAUACCCCCACGUUCUACCCGUGUUUCGGACACUGAACCAAACCGACUUUGAAACUAGCACUUUAAGUACUAGUAGUCACUUUGCUUCUGACUCGAUUGAGCACUGCACUUUUGUAAGUACUGUUAGCACUGAGUUUUGAACAGUUUAUUUUCCUCAGUCUAUUUAGCCUCUUCAGCGUGGUGUUAAUUACUUAGGGGCCAUCAGAAGAUAAUUUCGAGGUGUAUGUGACCAAUGUCUGGUGCCUGACUUCCAUUACAUAUCCUUUAGCGAUUUUAUAAAUCCGGGUACUAAACCCAUCCAAGCUUAUUUUACACAACAGAAUGAACAUCUAAAUCACUGAUGUCCAGGCAGACGUGGUGUUGUAAACUUCGAGGUCAUCCAGAGACCCAAGUGCAUGGCUUUUAGAAACACCAAAGAUACAGAAGUCUCAAAAAGGGAUCAGGAUGGUGCAAGAUUGUCUGAUUUACACUUGGAAUUGAACGGACCACAGGAUGCAAUGCAGACCUGGAGUGAGAAGCGUAGGGCAGACUCUCUUGUCUUCGGUAGGAGACCCCCAGUCUGCGUUUGCAGGGUGAGUCCAUGGGACAGCGGAGUUAAAACCAGUCUGAGAUGCUGGUAUCAAUAAAGACUGCGCUCAAGCCAUUGCAAUAAAAGCCAUCAUUGUGCCUGUACUGAAAGUGCUGUUGAGAUUGAUUGUGGGCUUAAACUACAAAAGAUAUUUUUAAGUAAAAAGACUUAGAGAUGAUUUAGAAGAUGGAGCAUAAUAACCCUGGGGUUUGCUGUUGAAUUUGAGAAGCAGAGUUAGGAGUCGGUCAGGUCUCGUGUUAGGAGGCAAUUCAGAUGCACAUCGCUAUUCUUGUUAAAUUCCUGUGGUAUUUCAGUACGGCUGGUCAGGGACCAGAGCUCCCUUGCCAGCAAGAAAUCAGUAGGGUAGAGUUUGUAGUAAACAUAGUCAUAAAUCUCUAGGAUUUGAAAUGGGAGUGAUGAUCCCUGGGAUGCAGAAUAAUCUGGGUUUUGAUGUCCUGAACCAUCCACUCUCAAUCAACCGAUGGUGUUGCGCUUCUUUAAAAGCCCUCGUGGGUUUUCCGUAGUAGCAAGUAAAUCGUGGUGGUCAUGAGGGUGCUGCGUUUCCUUCACACUGGGGUAUCCGCACUUGGGAAUCCUGCUCAUCCUCAUUGACGAGCCAAUAGUCAAUCCAAGUCCUCUGGCAAUACUCCUCGGUGGGAGUUUCUCCCCGGUGACACUUGAUGGAUAAACCCCGCCAUUACAGCAUGAUCAGUUUGAAUGGAGAGGAGUGAAUUAGGUCUUCUCCUUCACUGCUAGCAAGCAGACAUGCUGGAAAUAACCUUCAGCAGCAACAACAAAAAAGUGUCUUGGGUUUGCUUGUUGCAGCGGGUAAAGUGUUUUUCCUGACCAGCUCCAGUUUUGGUGGCUGGUUUUGCUUGGGUUCGGUUCAAGCAUCCUUCUUCAGUGGGUUCGUUCGGGUAUUCAGUGGGAACUGAAGGUAGUUAAAAUACAUGAACCUUGAGCAGCCCAAGGUAUUAUGCUCUUAUAUCCUUGAUCGUUGGAUUUAAAAAUGGAAAUGUAAAUAGAAUCCAGAACUUUUUCUUUUUUUUUUCUUGUUUCUCCCCCCAGCUAAAAUUACCCUGCAAAUCUAGCUUUAAAGAUAUAGCACCUGGCGAUGUUGCUGCUGUAUCUGAGCCCCCCAGAACGAUAGCAGCUGAGGGGACAGCCUCUUCAGAAGGUACCUCGGUGACUGAGAGCCUACACUCCACUUGCUGUCACGAGGAUAUAGGUGUACCCCUCAGAAAAUUCACACACCCCCAGCGAGCUCACCGUUCUCCUUGAGUCCUUGGAAAUUAAGCUCGUUGAGAAAGGGGGAUUUGGAACAAAUCUUUUUUCUUCUCUCUCUUUUUUUUUUAUUAUUUUUAUUUUCCCGCACAGGUGUAGUUUUUGCUCUUUUGAGUUGGCAUCUUGUCCUUCAGGAAGGUAAAAGUAAGUGUUUUCUCCUGCACGGCACACGUGAGGCCUGAAUGCAAAGCCUAGCACAGCACCUCUGGCUUUGGAAGGACCUUUUAGGCAGAAAAAAGCUCUUGUAGGGAUUUUUAGUUGUUUGGAUUUUAAGAUAGCUCAUGGGAAGCGCAUUGUAAUGGCACACAGGUGAUGUUUUAUCGACCUUUUCUUUUUCUCCAAGGGAAACAUUUUAAUUUGCCGUGAUAGUUUAGAGUUUGUUUCCUUGAAAGUCUUUUUGGACCCAUGCAAAUGCCCUUGAAAUGAGUCAAGUUUAUCAAAAUAAAUUGUGCAUUGCAGGAAGCAGUCUCAAAAUGCGCACACACCCAUGCACCUAUCCGCGUGUACGUGCAUGUGUGUGUGUGUGUAUACAUAUGGAUAGUUAUCUUAUUUCCCCAACUCUUCCUCUUUUUUUGAGGGGUUGGUUUGUUUUUUGAGUUUGUUUCCCCCGCUAUCCCCCCAGGAUAUUAACCAAAAGGUGUUUUAAAGUCAUGGCAUGAAAACUCCUAAAUGUAAAUCUGAGUACCUUGUGAUGCUAAUUAACAGGUUUAUCUAAAACUUUAUGUGAUGCUUACUAUUUUUCUUAGAAAGUUUUGUUUAAUGUUAGAUCAUUGUUCUGAAGGAUGUUGGUCCUACUGGCAUUAAACUAAUGGAAAUAAAAUGCAUGUGUUACAAGUGUAGAAACGGUGAAGAAUUAAGUGUGAACUUACUGUACGAUACUGAUUCUGUUUUCAAACAAUCUGUUUUGCUGUUCAGUAGUUGACAUAUGGAAAUGCCAAUGUACUGUAAUUUAGCACUUUUCCAAUGGACCCUGUUCUCACUAUGCCUGAGGGAGGAAGCGGGUUUUGCUGGGGGCUGUCUGAACUCAACCUCUGAACCCUUUUUUGCGUGUUUCAGCACCAGAAUUGGCCAGGGGGGAACUCAAAUUUGAGGUUUGCUCAUUGGUUCGGUGGCUGGCAUGGGGCAGAAGGGCGGUGGCUCUCCAUUUCCCUGUCCAAACCAGGACGAUUUGGGUGAAGACCUCGCUGUGGGUGGAUGGACUGGCAGCAAUCCUGAUCCACCAGCGCAUCUGCCUGGGAGCCAGGCUAGGGAUGGGCUGUCUGAGCUUGGGUGGGACGGACAUGAUCUGCAAAGCAGCCAAAGCAAUCUGCGGGCCCUGAAAUUAAAAGGCAGAAGGGUUAAACUACUGGCCACCUCCCUCCAGCCCAAAGCCUCCUUUCCUAGUGUUAACAGGGUGCAAAGUGUUACUUGUCAUGUACUGUACUGAAAGGGUUAAUUGAUCAGUGACUGUAUUGUACUGUAUGAAAACUCAUGAAUUGCCUUGUAUUGUUUCUAAUGGACUGUACCAUGUCCCCCCACCGCCCAUUCCCAACCCAUCCCCGGGUUUUCCAAAUGACGCAUGUUAUCAGUUAGGUCCUCCAAACUCUCUGGUGCUAACUCUUCCGUAUCCGAUGGUGCUUCUGCGGAUGCUAACUGACGACAUGCCGAAACAGAGCUUGAAGUUCACGUCUUUCUUGUCUGUAUCAAGUCGACACACACACACACACACACAUGCUCACGAAAAAGAAAUAAUGAUAAACUUGAAUUUGUUUCAAAGCAUCAUUGACAAUCUAAUGUUUUCUAUGUCUGCUUUUAUUUGGGAUGGCUUUUCUAGAAAGCAGCACGCCAGCACCUUCGCACCAGGAGGGGAUUUCGCCCUGUUCCUUCGGCAUCCGAGGUGAGCUGCUCCCUUGCUGCCUUGGUAGGUUCAGCCCCGGGAGGUCGGUCCAUCAGGAGCCAGUCAGGAAGAGGAGGUGCAGGUGCCUUCAAAGAUACCCAACCCUAAAAAGCAACUGGCAUCCCCGUGACCAUCUCGGAGGGGAUGAACCUGCCCCUUGCUUUGUGGCUUUUUAUGAGAAUGGAGGCAGAAAAUUGGAGUCAAAGGGCAGCUGGAGCUCCCAAAGGCACCUCCAUCUCCUCCCAGCAUCACCCAUCUCUGCUGGCAGAGGAGCCACCUCCCAAGCCUGAGGUUUUGCAGGUGACACCACCUCGGAUGGCGUGGACAGACCCAUACCCUCCCAAACCCCCUCCUGCCCCCACGCGAGCUGCUUUUUGGACAAAAUAAAAUCUGACUAUAUUUUAUAUCGAUUUGAAAACAAAGUCUGAUAUUUACCCCUGUUCUCAACUGAAUUUGCAUAUUGUUGUUUGCCACGAUAUUUGUUCUGUCUUAAAAUAAAUUUGCUUACUUGUGUAGUCUUAA